AAUUUUUCCCAAACUACAGUAAUCCUACAGUAACCCUACAGUACCUCUACAGUACUACUACAGUACCCCGACCAUAUCCCCAUACUAACCCCAACCCAUAAUAACUUCAAAUGCCUGAAACACAUUGUCUCUGAAAAGUGUGACGUCACAGACUACAAACUAUGGACAGACCCACAAUAUUUUUUUAUAUAUAAGUAAUGAUGUUUUGUCAAAGCUUUGAACGCACUUCACCUCACCUUGUACCACUCCGGUCAAAGAUUGCCGCAUAGAUUGGAAUCUCACUUCUUGUGGGUGGCCUUAGUUGUGACGUAGUCCUUCCUUCACGUUUCUUAUAGGACUUCCUUGUCUCUUUUGUAUGAACCUUUUCUGUGACCUUUAUUCAAUAUUCUUACAAUUAGUUCAAUAUGGAUCAGCCGAGUUGUUCGAAUAUUGCGAGUGGUGAAUCUUUAGACCUCAAUUGGCCUCAGCGUCUAUCUGAUUGUAAGAUGUCAAAAGAAUCAACUUUUCAACGACACCCACGACCCACAGAAUGUUCAGUCUGUGGCAAAAAGGCAACUGGCUACCAUUACGAUGUACCUUCCUGCAAUGGGUGCAAAACAUUUUUCAGAAGAAUCUGCAUUUCUGAGAAGACUAUGCAAUGCCAAGGGGUUGGAGAUUGUUUUGACUUAACAAAACGAAUUGCUCCAGUAAAAUGUCGAGCUUGCCGAUUUGAAAAGUGUGUUUUGAAAGGAAUGAAUCCAAAUGCAAUGCAAAUCGACGAAAAAGAAGAAUCAGCCAAGAAUUACAAACAUUUGAAGAAACUUAAAAAUCAGUAUUGUCAAAAAGAUUCAGAGCAUUCUAUGGAAAAGAAGCAAACGAUAAACUCCAUCGAUGCAAUUGAAACUAAAAUGCAGAAGCUGGUCGACGCGUUGAGCUAUUUGGAGAUAAAACUGCGAAAAUUCCGAUUGUCAGCGUACAAUCCUCAUUGGAGCACUAUUCCUUGUCUUGAAGAGUUUCUUCUAUUAGAGAACAAAAUUUGUUUAGCCGAUAAGUCUGGACCAAUGCCAGGAUGGCCGCUGAAAACCCAGCCAGCACCGCCAAAAAUCCCCGAAUUCAGAAACAACCCUUCCGGACGCCCGUAUUUCCCUGACAAGAAGACAUGGUUGUUAUACGAUUUAAUGGUUUCAAUAGAGUACGCAAAAACUUUCAUGUUCUUCCAUCAACUUGGCACAAGAGAUAGAUUGAUUUUGAUGAGAUAUGUUUCGUUGGCGCUUAUGAAUCUGCACAUUUCGUACUUCACAGUCGCCAAAAAGUUCGACACCAUAAUUCACCCGGAUGGCAGCUUGGCGCCUAUGAAUAAAGGGAUGGUGUACGCUGAAACAGUGAUGUCGAUGGCGCCACUAAUUAGAUGUAAUAUUCAGGAAAUUGAAUACAUUCUAUUGAAAGCUAUUUGUCUCUGUAAUCCAGCAGUUCCCGAACUUUCUACCCAUGCUCAAAAAAUUCUUGCCAAGGAACGUGAGCAAUAUGCAGAUGCUCUAUUUGACCAUUGCAUUCGAAGUCGAACCAAUGGACCAGCUCAAUUUGCCGAACUUAUUAGCAUGGUUGACAUUCUGGAACGACAGCAGAGAAUGCAAAAGGACUUACAUCUGCUGCAUAUUGCCCCUUAUGCUUCCAAAUUUCCACAGAACGACAGAAUGCUUCUAGUCGAUGAUAUUAUGAAUUAUUAAAUCACAGUUAAAGGGAGCCAGUUGUUCAAUCAUUUUUGUUUUUUUUUGUGAUAUGUAUGAAUGUUGUGGAAUUUCAAUAAUUCAGUAAUAUAAUUUUGAAAAAAGGAACUUUUUACCCAAU